CAAAAAAAAAACGCAAGUAAUUCAAAGUCAUCAAAUUUUAACUCAAAAUUCUUCUGAACUUUACGAAAUCAAGUCGCAAUGGACUACUGGAAGGACAAAAUUGCCGUCGUAACGGGAGCUUCUGCUGGGAUCGGGGCUCAAAUUCUCACGGAUUUGGCAAAAUCCGGCCUAAUUGUCAUUGGACUUGCUCGUCGUGUCGAAAAAAUCCAAGAAAUUGCCGAAGCGAACAAACCGGCGAAGAUUUUUGCUCGCGAAUGUGACAUUUCCGAAGUUGCCUCCAUCGAAGCGGCGUUCAAAUGGAUCACGGAGACCUUUGGAAAAGUUCAUAUCAUCAUAAAUAAUGCAGCGGCGCCCACGAAACCCGGCGAAACUUUGAGUCCUGCAUUAUCGCAUGAAGAAAUUACGCGAGCUAUUAAUACGAAUCUCACGGGUUUGGUAAUUUGCACUCGCGAAGCUUAUAAAUUGAUGAUGAAUCACGACGAAAAUGCUUAUAUUAUCAACAUGAAUUCAGUUCGUGGCCAUGUAAGCCCAAUUGUUCAGAUGAAUUUCACGAGCGUUUAUUCGGCAACGAAGUUCGCAGUGACAAAUCACACGGAAACGAUCAGACUCGAUUUGGGACUUGCGGGAAAUAAACGAAUUCGAGUGACAAGUUUGAGUCCCGGGCUCGUAAGAACAGAGAGAGCGGAGAAAAUUGCGGGUCCCUACAGUGACUUUUACGAGAAAACUGUGCAUUUGAUGCCCAAAGAUGUCUCAGAUGCGGUUUUAUAUUUGCUUUCGACGCCGCCGCAUGUCAAUGUCUCGGAAUUGACGAUUGAACCAACAGGAGAGGUUUAUUAAAGCGAAAAUUGGCAUGAAAUCUGGUACUUGGAGUUCAAAACUGCGCCAAAUCGAUCAACGAUUAAUUUUGAUUUGUUUAUGUUUUUCAUUUCAGUCUGAAAAGUUGCAUUUUUUUGGUCUAAAACUAUGUUACGGUGGUUGUUAGUAAACUUUUUCAAUACUUUAACAAGUGGUUUUUGU